CAACUUCCGGUGUCACGGGGUAUCUGGGAGACGGAAAGAAAAAGCGGGCACACGGACAUCUGUGUUGUUUUCCGUCGCCUUGAAACAUCUUUAAGCGUCCACAUUUGGCUUAUAACGCCACAGAGCUGCACCCAGAGGGCCUUCGACCCGCCGGGAUCCGCAUUCGCCUCGGAGAAAGACUCUCAUUCAUUCGUUCGUUUGUACUCGCUAGCUAGCUAGCUAAGCUGCUAACGAGCCUCCACACUGUCCGGAGCAGCGGGCCUAUUCUUUUAGCUAGUUAGCAGCAUUAGCGGGCUAACCCGUGCGAACACGUUUUCUUUUCUUUUCGAUUCUCCCUGCUAUCGCGCUGUAAAUAAUCGCCGCGACGCUUGCGUGUGCGCCGGUCGGCAGUUUUUGCUAAUUGUGUCGGUAAGCGGGCCGCUAGUUGAAGCUAACUCAUCGGAGCUACAUCGGCGAGCGCUUUUAAAAGUGUAGUUCACUUUGUUGCUAGCCGCAGCAGCUAGCCGACUGAACAACGCAGUCCCCGAGAGCAUAGCAGCCCUCCACCGAGAGAUGUCGGACUUCGACGAAUUCGAGAGACAGCUGUCCGAAAACAAACAAGCCGAGCGGGACAAAGAGAACCGCCACCACCGCCGGUCCUCCUCCCGCAGCCGCAGCAGAGAGAGGAAAAGGAGGAGCAGAGACCGGGACAGACGCAGCCGAGACCGCCGAGGGGACAGUAAGGAGCGGAGACACAGACGCAGCUCACCAUCCAGCUACCCCCAGGACAAUGCUGGAAGCCGCUCCCCCCACCGCGAGAAGAAGAAGAAGGUGAAGAAGUACUGGGACGUCCCGCCGCCGGGUUUUGAACACAUCACUCCCAUGCAGUACAAAGCCAUGCAAGCUGCAGGCCAGAUCCCAGCCACAGCCCUCCUGCCGACCAUGACUCCAGAUGGCCUGGCCGUUACUCCCACACCUGUACCAGUCGUGGGCAGCCAGAUGACCCGGCAGGCCCGCCGCCUCUACGUGGGCAACAUCCCCUUUGGUAUCACAGAGGAGUCAAUGAUGGACUUCUUCAAUGCCCAGAUGCGUUUGGGUGGUCUAACUCAGGCCCCUGGAAAUCCUGUCCUCGCAGUACAGAUCAACCAGGACAAGAACUUUGCCUUCCUCGAGUUCCGUUCAGUGGAUGAAACCACACAGGCCAUGGCCUUCGACGGCAUCAUCUUUCAGGGCCAGAGCCUGAAGAUCCGCCGUCCCCACGACUACCAGCCGCUGCCCGGCAUGAGCGAGAACCCCAGUGUCUAUGUGCCUGGUACACAGACAAUUAAUGGCGUGGUGUCCACGGUGGUGCCCGACUCGGCUCACAAGCUCUUCAUCGGCGGUUUGCCCAACUACCUGAACGAUGACCAGGUGAAGGAGCUGCUGACGUCGUUCGGCCCUCUGAAGGCCUUCAACCUGGUGAAGGACAGCGCCACCGGCCUCUCCAAAGGAUACGCCUUCUGUGAAUACGUUGACGUCAACCUCAACGACCAGGCUAUCGCUGGACUGAACGGCAUGCAGCUGGGAGACAAGAAGCUCCUGGUGCAGAGAGCCAGCGUGGGAUCCAAGAACGCCACUCUGACCAGUAUAAACCAGACCCCGGUGACGCUGCAGGUCCCGGGCCUGAACAGCUCCGUCACCCAGAUGGGAGGCCUGCCCACCGAGGUGCUGUGUCUGAUGAACAUGGUGGCCCCCGAAGAGCUGCUGGACGAUGAGGAGUACGAGGAGAUCGUGGAGGACGUCCGGGACGAGUGCAGCAAGUACGGCCAGGUCAAGAGCAUCGAGAUCCCGCGGCCCGUGGACGGCCUGGAAGUACCAGGGACUGGCAAGAUCUUCGUGGAGUUCACGUCCGUGUUCGACUCCCAGAAGGCCAUGCAGGGGCUGACGGGGCGGAAGUUCGCCAACAGGGUGGUGGUGACCAAAUACUGCGAUCCAGACGCCUACCACCGCCGGGACUUCUGGUAG